AUGAAAACCCGAACUUCAACUCAGACCUUAUGGUACGAGCCAUGGGUGUGCCAUCGUGUGUUCGAAGAUGUAUCGAUCCGUUCUUGGAUCAACUCAGACCUUAUGGUACGAGCCAUGGGUGUGCCAUCGUGUGUUCGAAGAUGUAUCGAUCCGUUCUUGGAUCAAGUUUCAAAGUUGUGGAACCUGCGUGAUAUAGUUGAAAACGUGAAACCAUUAUGCAAAAGCCAUGCAGAGGCUGUCAAAUGCCUGAAGAAAGCGAGAGUCUGCGAUACGCACAACCUAUUCGACAUUGCCAGCAGUAGCGUGAAGAAGAUGUGCGGUGAAAGAGCGGCACUGUUCGAGAAGGUGAAGCCGUGCCUCACGAGAUACGGAGAUGCAACCGCUCAGUUGUGCGAUAGCAAAUGUCAUGGACGGGCCAACGUGACUGCUUUCCUCAACAGUCCGGCUAUCGUCAGAGCUGCCAAAAUGGGUGGCAAUCUCCUUGCUGUGAAUGACCAUUUAGGAGGACUCUGCAGCUCUUUCAACUGUAUGCUACCGUGUGCAACCGCUGAAUUGAACAAGGUGUGCCCGCUUAGUGGAUGGCUUACUUUGGAUAUUCUUUUACAACCGAUGGAAGCGGUUUCUGAAAUGCUGCUGAAAGCGCCACUAUCGAUCAAGGACUUCGUCGCAAAAAAGUUGGACAGAAGAUGUCGCUUUGCUAUACAGAAGAGUGAAAUGAUAAAACUACGAAAGGGGCAAUUCAACUACUCAUAA